AUGCUGUGGCUUCAUGGCUUGCCAAAACCGCUAAAGCCUGUGGAUACGAGAUUGAACAUCAGGGUGACCAGCCCAAAAAAGGAGGCAGGGCUUAAAGGGAAAGCAAGAAAAGCAGCCCGAGCCUCUCAGGCUUCCACUAAUUCCUCCACCAAAAGCUCCGCGUCCGUCAAACCACAGACAUAUCUCAUUGCCGUUCGCGACUUUAUCCCCCUUGCCGAGACUAUUGUAAAAUGCGAAGCACCUCGAGUCCGAGUCCCGUCCACAUUUAUCACAGCCAUCGAACGAGCUAUAUCUGCAAGACGAUCUCACCAUAGCAUUCUUGGAGAAAAGACAAGGACGAAUGAAGAUGGACAUGGUCAUUUCAUCAGCGUUCUCGAACGCGUUCAAAACAUUCUACGACCUUUGUUCGUGGAUGAGAAUAAAGAGGGCUUGGCUAACAAAUUUGAGAAGCUUGAUGUCGAGGAGCCUUCGGAAGAGCGUGCUCAUACCCCAGAUACCACAAAACCAGAGCUUCCAGAAUCCGAUUCAGACGCAACCUAUGAAGCAGAAAGGGCACAAGACAUCAACGAGAUGUACAGCGCUUACUGCCUUAUCAUUCAAGAUUACCGUGCUUUCCGUAUUGCAAUACAGGAGACCUGGUUAGGCUACCGGCAUGGUGUCUUUGAUCUUGUUUCCGCGUCGAUCAUGACCAACACAGCUCUUGAAUUUGCCCGCCAGUUAGAGAAGGACGCAGCACCGUUAUUUAACAAAUUUGGGGGUUCGGCCAUGCUCAUGGAAGCAGUAUUUACGGCUCAGUGCCAUAAUAUGGGAGAAGAUAAAGAUUUCCGAGAACUGCCUGGUGACGAUCUUAAUUUUCGUGUUUGGGAGGCAGCGACAGAAAUCUUCUUUCCAACUUACAUGUUCCUCCAAGGAUUUGUUCCUAUGGUAAGCAAGGACAAUAUGCCCGUUAUCAAACCCGGCUAUUUUGGCGUUUAUGACCCUACUAGCGACCGAAUAAACAAAUCACCAAGGGAAAAGUUUCAAGAGGAUAAGGUGAUCCUUCUGGAGCACUCCACUGAGUUUGCAUUACUCUGUAUUUGUGCUCCUGACCUUUUAGCAGAAGAUGAGCUCACACGCAGCUUUGCGGAGGCGUUCCAAACCCAUUCAGUCACCCUUUUUCUCUCCUUUGCUACGCAAGUGUACCUUGAUAUUCACCAUACGUUGCGUGGGGACGUGCGACGUGGUCUUUCUGAUUUGAUGGCUACAGCCAACAUGAUUGAUGAGUCAAUCAAUGAUAACUUUCAGUAUCAUAAAUCCCUUCGUGUAACAGGGUGGCCUCGGUCAAAUGAUACUGUCCUAGAGAAAAUCCAGCAAUUUAUUGGUCUGUGGGUUAAAAGAGACCCCGUUGGGGAGGCCCGAAGGAGACUCAAGCAACCUCCUAGAGAGCCUUAUAUGCUCUUAUCCUCACACCCUCUCUUAUGCGGGUUGAUUACCUACAGCCUAAAAGCAAAAUUCCAAGAAGUCAGUCUGGCCUUUGCAGGCGCCUGGGGCUCCAUAUUAUAUACCUACCACCUCUAUAACGCAGUGAAACAAGAAAAACUUCUCCGGAACAACUGGCAAGAUAUGGAUGUAAUAAUGGGAAUGCAGGAUAAGAUUUUUGUUGGAGAUCGUCCCCAGACCCCAGAAGAUUACUUGAAACAAUUUGCUUUGAGUAUGGGAUGGUCAGCAGCUGCAUUCUCGAAAAAUAGACGUCAGGGAGCUCUACCAGUUUCAUCCAGAGGUCCUAGGACACUCAAGGAGCUUGCUCCAGUCGCUCAGAUGUUCAAACCAAGAUUCUGUGAAGGAGCCCUGCAGAGAGACUGGACGAUGACAGACAUUGAACAAAUUAUAUCCAAAUCCAAUUGGAGUUGGGAUGAAGAGGCUUCGCCUUCAGAGGGUAUACGUGUGUAUUCUAUGUCCCGAAACAUUAAGAAAGAGCAGAAGAAAGCUACUUCAGGGGCAGUUAAUGCCGCCGAACUACUGAAACAGCUCCGGAACACUUUACGGACGGAAUCUUUGGAGCUCAGUAUACCAUAUCUCUCAUUUCAUCGAAUAUGCUGGUCGGUUCUUCGCAGUAUUCAUGAACACUGUCGUCCAACCCUUCGGGAUAUGUUUGGGGGCGGCUACAUGGAAAGGGAGAAUCAAUUGCCUUUCGUAGUGGGAUAUAUAUUUAUGGCCGCGACAAAUACCAAAAAGCUCUCAGGUUUGCUAGGGGCUAAAAAAUCGGAUGAAGUUACCAGCAAGUUACUCUCCGAAGCAGCAGCUGCUAUGGAUGAGUGUAUAGCGACUGUUGGCAAGCAGUGUUGUGACAUGCUGGAACAACUUAAUUUUCGUUUCACAGACGGCAUGGAUGAUGAGGUGGAAGGGGAAGGAGAUAAAGACAAAAAUGAAAGCAAAUGA